AUGGCCGGUUUAAGUUUUGAAAACUAUCAAAGAAACCAGUUCUUGGCCGCAAAAGGCCACGGUGUCCCCAAGGCGACAUCUACCGGUACGACCAUUGUGGGAUGCAAGUUCAAAGGUGGCGUUGUGAUUGCUGCUGAUACUAGAGCCACUUCAGGUCCUAUUGUUGCUGAUAAGAACUGUGAGAAAUUGCACCGUCUGUCCCCAAAGAUAUGGUGUGCUGGAGCCGGUACUGCAGCAGACACAGAAAUGGUAACGGCGCUGAUAUCAUCCAAUCUGGAGCUACACUCCAUGUCUACCAGUAGGGCGCCUCGUGUGGUUACCGCUCUUACAAUGCUAAAACAACAUUUAUUCAAGUACCAAGGUCAUAUUGGAGCGUAUCUGAUUGUUGCUGGUGUUGAUCCAACUGGUUCUCACUUGUUUUCAGUCCAGGCCCAUGGUUCUACGGAUAUCGGGUUUUACCAAUCGCUAGGAUCAGGAUCAUUGGCCGCCAUGGCCGUUCUGGAAAGCAACUGGCAUGAAGAUCUGGAUAAGGAGGGAGCCAUGAAAUUAUGCUCGGAUGCUAUCCAGGCAGGUAUCUGGAACGAUUUGGGUUCCGGUUCGAACGUGGAUCUGUGUGUCAUGGAGGUUGGUAAGGAUGCUGUUUUGUACAGAAACCACUUGACACCAAAUGUGAGAGAGCAGAAGGCCAGUUCCUACAAAUUUGCCAGGGGAACCACUGCCAUUUUGAAAGAGGAUAUCUUUAAGUUGAUUGACGUUGAGGAGGAGACAAUCCAUUCCGAGGCUAUGGAGGUAGAUGCUUGA